AUGCUUAUAACAGACAAUGCUAAAUUUUAUAUUCAGCUUAUUCCUUUUUAUUGGUACCUUAAUAACACUGAUAUGUUUGAAGAACUCUUUUUAAAAGCAGAUAAAUUUUAUGAUGAAAUGUUAACUGAAGAAACAACCCCUCUGAUCUCUUAUUUAUGUGCACUUAGUGAAAAUAAUCAUAAUUUUCUUGAAGAAAGUCUUACCAUACUUCAGCAAAAGAAGAUUUAUAAAGAGUUACACAGUACUUAUAAGAAGGUUCUUAAUAAAGCCUUAACAAGCUGGUCUAACUCACAACGACUAAUCGACAUGUUAAAAGGGUUUGCAGAAAAUGAUGAUGAUAAAGACAUUGUAAGAAAUGUAGCGUGA